AUGUUUGCCAUAUGCCCCGUCCACGCCUGCGCAGACUGCCGCAGGACUGCGGGCCGGAAGGCCUCGAGGUGCUGCUUGCGGAAGGUCUCCACGCUGCCCCGGAAGCUCCUCGCGCUCUUCCGCGCCAAGUCAGCCUCGAGGCAGGUUGAAUUGGUGGUAUUCACAAUGGUUGGUCUUGGCGCCAUAAUCGGUUUCCUAGGGACGAUCCUGGGUAUCGGUGGUGGCUUCAUGAUGGUUCCAGCGCUGAUCUACCUUCUGCGGGUGCCGACAAAUAUCGUGAUCGGCACCUCGCUGUUCCAGAUCCUCUUCACCAUGGCUGCGGCGACCAUUUUUCACUCGAUGGGGACAAAGACCGUCGACAUUGUUCUCGCGAUGACGCUGAUGAUCGGCGGUGUCAUCGGCGCGCAAUUCGGUGCAAGAAUGGGUCAGAACCUGCGCGGCGACCAGUUGCGUCUUCUACUGGCAUUGCUGGUUAUGGGCGUCGGAUUGCGCUUCGCGGUCGACCUCCUGCUGGUCCCCGAGGAAGAGGCCUCUUCCAAGGAUCUGGUCACGGCGCUUUCCUCCGACACGGUCUCGAUCCAGUCGAACUUCACCGGCACCGAAAUUGUCAUUUUCGGUCAGGCCAGCGACAUAGAAAGAGCACCGCACGCCGCCGGCGAUUUUGAGCUCGCGAUUGUCGUCGAGGGACCGCCGCAGGACAUCACGACGCGGCGCAAGGGUCGCUUUCUGGGUGUCUGGGUCAACCGCGAGGCGGAACGGUUUCAGAAUGUACCGUCUUUUUAUGCGGUUGCGAGCACGGCAGAUAUCGGCGACAUCGCUCACCGGAACGUGCUGGACGAAUACCGCAUAGGGCUCAAUCACCUAAAUCUGGCAGUCUCCGGGGUUUCCAACGUUCCGCUGUCGGACCGCGAUGAUUUUCGCAAGGCCUUUGUAAGGCUUCGCGAGGAAUCGGAUCUUUAUUCGGAGCGGGAAACCUCGAUCGAGUUUCUGACGGAUACGAUGUUCCGCACCAAUAUUCCCCUCCCGGCAAACAUCCCUGUCGGCGACUACAAGAUCAAGAGCUUCCUGUUCAACCGGGGGGAUCUGGUUUCACAGACCGAGCAGACACUGGCAGUCGCAAAGAUCGGUUUCGAACAGGUAACGUUUGAACUCGCCCAGAACUAUCCGCUGGUCUACGGUGUUCUCGCGGUGAUCCUGGCGAUAUUCACUGGCUGGCUUGCAGGCGUCAUCUUCAAGAAAGACUGA